AUGGCCGGGUCGCUCGCCUCGUCCCGCUUGACGCCGCACCAUACCGGUUCGAAGCUGGUUCCUCCUCCGGUGCCGAAACGCCAAAAGUCGCCUCGGAUGCUGCAUACGCUACGAAAUCCUCACCAGGUAUCUGACGAUGAGGAGGAUUCUCACAAGAAGGGGCAUCGGGCUCUGCUGAGAAAAGGCAAGCACGCGCACCAUGAAGGAUCGCGGAAGAAGUGGCGGGAGGAGAUCCGACCGCGAGAGAGGAAGCGCUACGAGGCGCUGUGGGCGUCGAACCGCGGCAUCUUGCUGACGGACACGCGGCUGAUGAGCCCCGCCACGAGCAUCAGCAGCGAUCUGGACAGAGACGUCUCGCAGUGCGUGGCAAACGUGGUGGUGAGGGAGGUGUGGAGGCGCUCGAGGCUGCCGCUGGAUGAGCUGGCCGAGAUAUACGACCUGGUGGACCGGAGCAGGAUGGGGAUGCUGAGCAGGGCCGAGUUUGUGGUUGGGACGUGGCUGGUUGAUCAGAGGCUCAAGGGGCGCAAAGUGCCUGCGCGGGUGACGGAUAGUGUCUGGGGGAGCGCGAAUGGGGUGACUGUGAAGGGGCCGAAUGGGAAGUGA